UCUCGACUGCAUAGAAGUCUGUCAGUAACUUGGAAUUAAGAGAAAAAAAAAAUUGUUCUGAAACGGUGAGAAGAUUAAGUUAUUUUAAAUUUCUGUGUUAUCUUGUUGAGUCGCUUGCGUCGUUGGUGUGUGUUAAAAAAGAACUGAAGAAAAAAGUGAUCUAAACAGUAUGCUGUUUGUUUUUAGUGCUACUGAGCAAUGCAAAAUAGUAAUAGUUGAAAGUUUUGUGGUUUCGUUGCGCUAAAACUAUAUUUGUGUAGAAAUGUUUUAACAGACGUUUUACUACAGAAAGAUUUUCAAUUAUAACUUUCCAUGGAUUCAUUUUGUUAGCCAACAACCUUACGCAUGUGUCGGUUACUUUAGAUAUAAGUCAAAGUGCAGAAACAAGUGAAAAGGAAAUUUGUGUUAGGAAAUAGACAAUUUCUACAAUAAAAUGUGAUUCAUUUGAGUUGGUUCAACCGAUUUUGCGUUUUCCUACUCGUACUAACGUUUUAUUUUUGGAACAUAUGCUUUCCUGUUUCUUGUUCUCCUAAACGUUUUCAUAUUUCAAACAUUUUACAUAUCUCAUAAAUAGUCACAUGUGUGUUCAGUUAAUUUGUUAUCAACAGUAUACGUAUUAUUCGAAAUCUAUUUGGUUUUCGGAAAGAAAUGGCUAGUUUGCAUUUAAAGUUAAGACAUCAAUGAAUUUAUAUAUUGUUCAAGCAUGCCGGAAAAAGAAACGUAUAGUGAUCAGGUGCAAGUACAUCCAUUUCAUCACCCCGCACAUACAGCGGUAGCAUCCGGACAAUACCCAUUACAGUUUCCAUCGGCAUUCGUAGCAUUUCAUACAACGUUACCGGUUGAGCAACGGGCUCAUGAGCAACGAUACUUAUGGGAUCCUGUUGCGCCUCCGCCAUCGAGUUUCCAUCAUCCGACGGCACAUGGACUAAGUAACAGUACCAGUUUUUCGGAAUUGCAAUACUUGGCUUCUAGGCGUGCAGCAGCUGUUGCUGCAUCUAUGCUACCACCGCCAUCGACAUCCACUGAGGCUACUUUACAACCUCCACCGACGCAUCAACAUGAUUUUCAUCCCGCCUACAGGAUUCCAGGCUAUAUGGAGCAUUUGUACUCGUUACAACAUGCAACUAGCCCGUCAGCUUCACUACACGGUCUCGGUCUUGGGUCAGAGUAUCUGGGCUCACGAACCACAUUGACCGAUCUUCAUCCACCUAGCUCAUUAGCUAGCACAGACUUUCCCUUCAGCAUUGAUGGUUCGCGGUUGAGCAGUCCACGAGCUGGUCUAAGAGCUUCGAUAAGCCGAAAGAGAGCACUGUCGUCAUCACCUUACUCGGAUUCUUUCGACAUUAAUUCAAUGAUUCGUUUCUCACCAAACUCGAUAGCGCUUGUAAAUGCGUCACGCGGUAGCAGUGCGAGCGGCUCGUACGGACAUUUGUCCGCUGGAACGAUGAGCCCAUCAUUAGGAAUGCAUAACAGUAUGGCGCCUCAUCUACAACAAUUACAAGCACAUUUACUACGUGGUGGAUUAUUGCAUCCUUUGACACAUCAUGGUUCUCCAACAUCUAGUAUGUUUUCGCUUCCACAUCAUCAGUCAUUGCAUGCAUCAUCCGGCCAUGGAAUAACGAAACCAACGCGUAUGAUGGAAGAUCAUCAUCACCACCGCGAUAGUAAUGCCGAGUAUAACAGUAAGCCAUCGCCUACUGAACAACCUUCGUCCAGUAUGAGGGUUACAACAGUCGAAGCCGAUAGUGCGACCCAAAUUUUAGCGAAAAAAGGACGAAUCAAAAGGGAACCAAUGCAACACAGCGGUACGACCACUGGCGAAAAUGUUGUGGAUACGACCGACCUAAAAGAUGAACCGGGCGACUUUAUGGAAACAAAUUGUCACUGGCGUGAUUGUAGCGUAGAGUUCGGUACACAAGACGAAUUGGUUAAACACAUCAACAACGAUCAUAUACACGCGAACAAGAAAUCGUUUGUCUGCAGGUGGGAAGAUUGUUCUCGAGAAGAAAAACCGUUUAAAGCACAAUAUAUGUUAGUGGUACACAUCCGUCAACAUACCGGCGAGAAACCGCACAAAUGCACAUUUGAAGGCUGUUAUAAGGCAUAUUCACGUCUUGAAAAUCUGAAGACACAUCUUCGUUCCCAUACCGGAGAAAAGCCGUAUACUUGCGAAUAUCCUGGCUGUAGUAAAGCAUUUAGCAAUGCAUCGGAUCGGGCCAAGCAUCAAAAUCGUACACACAGCAAUGAGAAACCGUAUGUAUGCAAAGCUCCUGGCUGCACGAAAAGGUAUACCGAUCCAAGUUCAUUGCGUAAACAUGUCAAGACCGUGCAUGGAGCAGAGUUUUAUGCAAACAAAAAACACAAAGGUACACCGAAUGAUGGUAGUGAGGAUGGUGGAAAUGGCGGUCUGGACUCGUCGCCGCGCAGUGAGGAUAUGCAUAGUGGAAAAACUGCAAGUCUAUCCAGUCCUAGUAUUAAAUCCGAAUCGGAUGCUAAUUCACCGGGACAGCCAAUGGUUAACAGUCCUAUGGGCGUUUCGCAAUUAGCAAAUGGAAUGCACGAAGAUUAUGAUUGUGUUCCAUCCGUUGCAAGUGCUCAAUACGGUACCAGUGUGUCAGCUAUUGACGAUCCUGCUUGGCCAUAUGAAGACGAAGACGUUGAGGUUGCCGAUCUUCCAGUAGUGUUACGUGCAAUGGUUAGUUGGGGUCCAAGUACUGGUGGACUAUCUAAUGGUGUAUCGGAACGUAAUUCACGCAACCGUUUCCGUGGACGGCUUCAAGCCAAGGGAAUGUCAGCGUUGUCCAACAUUCCGGAGGUGAAUCGACGGAACAUUGCCAUCGGUGAACUGAACCGGCGAAUCGUUGACAUGAAAAUGGAGCCUGGUCCAACCAUUCUGCCCUCACCAAUGUGUCAAGCGAAAUCUGUUCAAAGUACGAGUGAGCUACAGACGCGACUUCAACCACCACAAAUAGGUGGAAGUUUUUCUAACCGCCGUGAUAGUUCUAAUUCCAAUGCAAGCAGCUUUUACUGUAGCAUGAAAUCGGCAGAUAUGAGCAGACGAAGUAGCCAAACGUCGCAAUUGUCGACAAUGCGCCCAAGUUACACAACUUCCUCUUUUUACGAUCCGAUAUCACCGGGCAGCUCAAGACGUUCGAGCCAAUUGUCAACUAUAACAAAUGGAGGACAGAGUUUGGCACCGCCGCCGUCUUCACAUCUAAUCACCACCCAUCUACAGCGACUGGAGUCAUCCAUGUCACAUGGAGUAGGUACAAUAAACUUAUCCAACUCGGACAGACGAAUGUCAGAACCGGUUACUCGAAGAACUGAUUGCCCGUCAAUUUCUCCAACUCCUCGCCCACGUUCAACAACACCGAAAUCUGGUAUUCAAAAUACCCUUAGUGGAACAUCCACAACAGCUGUAACAUCGGAUCUUCAUCCGAAUCAAGAAGUUGUGCUAGACGAAGUCGAAGAGGACGAAAUGGUGGAAAAUAAACUGGUCAUACCCGAUGAAAUGCUUCAGUAUCUAAACGAAGUCGCAGAUGGUGAUGUAAAAAGCAAUCAAAAUGCAACAAUCAAAUCUGACACACCAAAUGACCAGUGUCAUCUAGCUUGGCGCAAUCCAACACUAACAUAUCCAUUAUCGAGUCCUGGAAUACCUUCAAGUCCUGCAUCACAAAUUCCAAUUAGUCCAAUGUCGCAUCAAAUGAUGCACAGUCCAGGCAUAUCACUGCCUUCAGCGAUGCCAACAAAUGGACCUUACACACCGUCACAAUUAUGUUCGAAUAACAGCAAUUCGAUCUCAACCUGGAAUGAAACAAAAGAUCAGAUAGCCAAUCAACCUUUGCAACAACAUCGACAAAUACAGCACCUAGAUCAGCGUACGACCACUAAUCAUUCAAACCUGAACACGCUAUACACUCCAAAUUAUCACGGCCAAUAUGGUUCAAGACUAUUGCAAAAUUGCCAGCAGAAUGGACUGCUCCAGCAAAGAGAUGACACCAACAACACUUCCUACGUGAUCGAAAACUGCCAACAGCCAAUAAACUAUUACCAAAUGCAAGUCCACCAGCAGCAAAAUCUUCAACAGCAAUUUGUCAAUGCACAAAUGGGUCGAUACAAUCAAAGUGUAAUGAUUAAUCGCUCCAGUUUGGUACAAUGUACGCGGGCGCAAAGCCAUUGCCAUCGAAAUGAUGAAAGUGCUGCGAAUUGUUGUAAAUUAGGGCAACAAGUAUUAUCUUUAAACGAGAUUCAAUGCGGAGACAUAAGCCAAUCUCAAUUAUCACCAGCUGUUCAUACGCAGCAACAACAGCAACAAUCACCAGCCGCUCACUCAAACAACCAGCCAAAUUGCAACAAUACGCAAAUGCAACAACAGUCGCGGCAACAGCCAAGUAUGGAAAACUGUGCUCACAACGAUGGUUGCAUGCAUCAUUCUGGCAUGCGACAAGACACAUAUCAGCGUACAUUAGAAUACGUCCAAAAUUGUCAAAAUUGGACGGAAAACUCUGAAACAGUGAGCAGUAGCACUCAUCCAUCGUCUAACUUAGUAAUAAAUGACAUGACAACUUCAUUGAAUUCGCUUUGGGAAGAAAAUCGCGUCUUUCAGAUAAGUUCUCUGUACGAAGAAAAUCGCGUUUUUCAAUUGAAUCAGUAAUUUUUUUUCUUUCUUAAGUAUGCAUUUUCCUUUCGUUUUACUCGUUCGACUGAAUUAAUGUGAUGGGUUUGUUUGUUCAGGGCAAAUAUUUAAAAGAAAACCUGCAGAGAAAGGAAAUGCAGUGUGUUGACAAUUUAUUGGAUAUCAGUAAAAUUGUAUACGGGUGGGUAGGCUCAAUAUUCGCUUAUUUUCACAGGCUGAAAGUCGGUGAGCCGUUUCAGAUAUAGAAGCAUCCAUAACAAUGAAAGCUGGAAUGUGCGAUUUUUACAUGGACAAAACAAAACCAAAUCUAUUAAAAAGCGUUUCCUAGAUGGUUGUACUUUAGAACUAAUAGAUGCGUUAGCCUUUAAAAUUUUCCAGCCGACAAAAGAAACUUCUUGCGGCGCAAGGGCGAUCCUUAUGAGAUCUUAGGGAAAAUGUCAUUCGGCCAAAAGGGUCGAUAUAGGGAGAGGACAAGGUCGAAUAAAUGUCACAAAGCCAGGUAUUACCAGGUAUUAGCGACCGAAAUAACUUUCUUUAUUUUAUCUGAAUUCCUAUGAACUAGUUAAACGACUUAAAGCUAAAGCUGUCACUCUUAACCUACUUGGCAACCUUAAUCUAAAUUUGCGUUCCUAAAACUAUAGUUGGCAACCUUAACCUAAACUUGCAUUCUUAAAACUAUUGUGGCCGAAUGUUUCACUUUUCACUUCACCGAUUUAAUGCGCAUUUUAUAAAUAAUAGAUAACGUUGGGUACCUUUGGGAUGUGGAAUUGAUGUAGCAAACGGGCAACCACGUGUUGGCAGGGGCAAGUAGAUAAUCGGGUCCAGACGGUUAACUCAAAAUAAUCAGGAACUGACAGUUGUCUUUAUUGGAAUUGAAUUCGGGGAAAACACUUUCAGAUGGAAAUACUUUCGGAUUUAAUCACUUUCGCCAAAAGAAUGAAUAAAAAAUGAUGGCGUCAAAGUCCUUUUUUAUCACCCUUCUCAAUCAAAAAUAAUUUGUCUGUACAUUGGAAUUGUUCGAAAUAAUUAGGCUUAAAGAGCAUCGAUCACUAUUCGAUCAUACCGACACUUUUUCUUUGCACUGCAUGGCCGCUGAUUUACUUUCGUUAUGCAAAAUCACUUAGUGUAACUAGAAUUAAUUGUAAAGCAACGUGUCUGUUCUUUCGAACGGAUUAGCUCAAGACUGACUCUGAAAUCGACUAGGCCGAUCACACAAUUAUGAAACGUCGGUUAUGAAAUCAAUAAUCGGUGCGUCCCAAUUAAUUCAACACCUUCGCGCCAACAUUUAAGCUAGAUUUUUGUUACAGUAUUCCUCUUACGAUCUAUGGUCUUACGUAUGGUUGCUAAAAUUUAUUUAUUUUGUUUUAUUUCUUUAAUAUAUGUAUUUGCUUUCAUUUUUUCUACAGGAGAAAGCGUUCUCUUCACGCACUAAAACUCCUUCAAAUCGUUAUAAAAGUUCACUUAGGGCUAAACUUAUUUGCUAACGAACUGCCACUAGUGCAGUGCUAUUUCUCCUAACUUACGAUCGCUAAUCCUGUACGAUAAAUUAAUUGCAUUCAAUCGAAGGGGAAGAGAAAAGAGAAUCUUAGAAUGCGACGAUGUACUGUCGUCACAUUAUAAUUUGUUCGAAAAAAAAAAUCCGUUUGCUUGCAGGAGAAUAUUUUCGUCUUCUAAUAAUGUUAGAAAAACACUUAUGGCAAUUUACGGAAGUGCCAGUGCAACUGGUCAAAAUUGAUUUUGAAAAUUUCAAACGACAAUAUAAAAUCAGAUACAAAUCCAAUUCAUUCGCUUUCUUCGUAGACUACACCUUUCUUUAUGAGCUCUAUCGAUUAAAAAUACAAAACUCAUCAUUUGUCGUCUCCUUCUAUUAUGAGCUUGUAGUAAGAAAGUAAAAACAAUCGAAAAUAGUAGACUACGUUGGAUGCUGCGAAAGUAAUUCAUUACACAAGGACACAAUUUUGUGAUACGAGCGAACUCACGAGUGUGUUUUUGAGCAACAAGCUUCGUAACAGUUAAUUUCGACAAUUGUAGAGUUUGUAUAUCCGAGCCGAAGGCGAGGUAUACAACUACACUUGUCGAAAUUAACUGUUUCGAAGCACGUUGCUCAAAGACACACGAGUGAGUAUGCGAGUUUCACGAAAUUGUGUCUUCAACAAAAAGAUAAAGUGAAAGCAAGGCAAAUUUUACUUGAAAGAACUGUCAAUUUGAAAUAAACCCCAAAUAUCCCUAGUGUAAUGGAUAAUGGCUGGUAAACAGCCGUGUAAUAGUCAAUUUUCGCAUGGGACAGGCAAUAAAAUAAUAUGACUCGCGAAUGAACAAUUUUGUUUAACCAAUUUAACAUGGCUGAAAUUACACUCACCCAACUACAAAAUACGUGCAAGGUAGUUGUCAACAAUUCAGAAAUAUGUAAAUAUGAUGUGUACAAUUGUGUUUGAUCGUAGCAGGGCCGACCCAAAGUGGUCACCGAAGUAAUGAAGUACAUAGUAGCAUCCAAUGUAUUCUGUUUUACCACCUGACAGCAGGGCCGUAGCUAGAAGGAUUUCUCAGGGUGGGCCAAAGAUGAGCAAAAGUACGACAAAAAUAUUUUUAUAUUGUACACUAAGAAAAAUGAAAUUUCGGAUGUACAAAAUCUACAUUUUAGACGUACAUUCUACGUACUAGACGUAGUGAUGUACGUCUAAGAUGAAAAAUGUACAGAUAAGACGUUAAAUGUACGGAUACCUCAACCAUUGGUCUCAUCGUCGAAAUGUACGUUUUAGCCGUAGCAGGAUUUACGUUUAAGACGUAGGAUAAUGUUCAUGUAAGACGUACAAUAAUGUUUUGUUUGGUGUUGAUGUCAAAAGUUAUUUCUGAAUUGUUUCACAGAAAAGGACAAUUCGUUCAUUUCAAUUAAUUGAUAAUUAUUGUAUUGCUCGUCUGAUAAUAUUUAUUUACUAAUCUGUUGUCGUGUACGACCAAUGUUUAAAAAAAUUUCGACUCAAAGAUGUAACGUGAUUUUAACGUUCAUUUUAAUAUUACCGCGAAAAAGCAACUUCCUGCCAAUAGAACCAUUAGAUAUCGAUCAAAUUAAUCCGUGGUUAUUGACACUUCAAUCCAAGAAAAAGAGGUUCGCAUGACGCGUAGGAAAAGGAAUUCUAUUAUUUAAUUUUGAGCUUUAUACUUUCACAAGUUUCUGAUCGAAUCGGAGUUGCCAUUGCCAACCAACAAGCCCGAAUCCGACAUCAAAAAAAAAACGAUGAUCGAAUUCCGACUUGUGUUGCGGCUAAAAAAUCGGAUCUAUUUUUGAUUAAAACCUUUAAUCUCUUGGAGCCUAAAAAAACAUAAGUACUGCAAUAACAUCCGACCUUAACAACUCUACCUUACUAUAAAAUUUCAGAACAAGAAUACAAAUUUGGAUUUGGUCUCACCAGUCAUUAUUGCCUGAAAAGUACUCAGCUUUUCUAGCUCAAUAGCUACAGUUACAUACAGCCUGGGACAGUAAAAAAAGUGCAUUUUUAUUCUAUACGUGUUUCAUCGAUUUCAGC